CGGGGCUGUUGGGCAUCAGAUACUCCUGGUCAGAGUAAAUGGAAAGAUCAAGUGAAAAGCCAUAUUUCAGUGGUCUGAAAAUCAAGCUGAUAUUUGACAAGAAACUCUGGAAGAACAUAUGAACGUAAAGCAGCCCACUCUGCACUCCACCAUCGAAUUGUGAUAAUUAACCAUUGUGAUAAACGAAUUAAGCCAAAAGUGCCAACCACUCUUUCACGAGUCGCGUCUUUCAAUUCCAAAUAAUACAAGUUUCGAGAGAAAUCCCAUUAAAAACAAAAUCAAAAUGCCCGAGCUCAUCGAACAAAGCAAAAUUAUCUCCGCCAAUGCCUGCGGUCUGCCCCAGCUGCACAAGCUGCGCCAGGACAAUUGCGGUCUCUACAGCCACAUCCGCGGCAUCCCCAUCUCCUACGGCGAUGUGGGAUCCCUCACCGCCGGCGUGCGCAGCUUCGUAGAGGAGGGCAUCGCCCUGUGCCAGCCCGACCAGGUGCACAUCUGCGACGGCAGCGAGCAGGAGAACAAGAUGCUCAUCAAGAGCCUCCUCGAGAUGGGAACCAUUGUCCCGCUGCCCAAGUAUGAGAACUGCUGGCUGGCCCGCACCAACCCCGCCGAUGUGGCCCGCGUCGAGUCCAAGACCUUCAUCUGCACGGACCGCAAGGAGGAGACCAUUCCCACUCCCCUGGACGGUGUCAAGGGCACCCUGGGCAACUGGAUCUCGCCCAAGGACAUGGAGGCUGCGGUGCAGCAGCGCUUCCCCGGCUGCAUGAAGGGACGCACCAUGUACGUGGUGCCCUUCAGCAUGGGCCCAGUGGGCUCCCCACUCUCCAAGAUCGGAAUUGAGCUCACGGACUCCGCCUACGUGGUGGCCUCCAUGAGGAUCAUGACCCGUAUGGGCGCCGCCGUCCUGCGCCAGCUGGCCAAGAAGGAGGAGUUCGUCCGGGCCCUGCACUCCGUGGGAGCCCCCGCCAAUGGCCAGGUGGAUAUGCCGUCCUGGCCCUGUGACCCCGAGAGGACCAUCAUCCUGCACAAGCCCGCCGAGAACCUCAUUGUGUCCUAUGGCUCUGGCUAUGGUGGAAACUCCCUUCUGGGCAAGAAGUGCUUCGCCCUGAGAAUCGGAAGCACCAUUGCCAAGCGAGAGGGCUGGCUGGCCGAGCACAUGCUCAUCCUGGGCAUCACGGAUCCCAAGGGAGAGAAAAAGUACAUCACCGCUGCCUUCCCCUCGGCCUGCGGCAAGACCAACCUGGCCAUGUUGAACCCCUCUCUGGCCAACUACAAGGUGGAGUGCGUAGGCGACGACAUCGCCUGGAUGAAGUUCGACUCCCAAGGAGUCCUCCGCGCCAUCAACCCGGAGAAUGGCUUCUUCGGCGUUGCCCCUGGUACCUCCAUGGAGACCAAUCCCAUUGCCAUGAACACUGUGUUCAAGAACACAAUCUUCACCAAUGUGGCCUCCACUUCCGACGGCGGUGUCUUCUGGGAAGGCAUGGAGAGCAGCCUGGCUCCCAAUGUCCAGAUCACCGACUGGCUGGGCAAGCCCUGGACUAAGGACUCCGGCAAGCCAGCUGCCCACCCCAACUCCCGCUUCUGCACCCCCGCCGCCCAGUGCCCCAUCAUUGAUGGCGCCUGGGAGGAUCCGGCUGGAGUGCCCAUCUCCGCCAUGCUCUUCGGAGGUCGUCGCCCAGCUGGUGUGCCCCUGAUCUACGAGGCCAGGGACUGGACCCACGGUGUCUUCAUCGGUGCCGCCAUGAGGAGCGAGGCCACCGCCGCCGCGGAGCACAAGGGCAAGGUUAUCAUGCACGAUCCCUUCGCCAUGAGGCCGUUCUUCGGCUACAACUUCGGUGACUAUGUGGCCCACUGGCUGAGCAUGGAGAAGCGUGGCAAGGUGCCCAAGAUCUUCCACGUCAACUGGUUCCGCAAGAGCACUGAGGGCAAGUUCAUGUGGCCCGGAUACGGUGAGAACUCCCGCGUCCUGGAGUGGAUCCUGCGUAGGAUCAACGGAGAGAAGUGCUACGUGGACUCGGCCAUUGGACACAUUCCAGCGGAAGGAGCCCUCAACCUGAAUGGCAUGAAGGAGGAAAUCGAUGUGGAGCAGUUGUUCUCGCUGCCCAAGGACUUCUGGUCCCAAGAGGUGAAGGACAUUCGCACUUACUUUGAGUCCCAGGUGGGCGCCGAUCUUCCGGCUGCCAUCUACCAGAAGCUGGAGGAUCUCUCCGCCCGCGUUGCCAACUUGUAAGGAGUUGGAGCUGAGGCAGGCACCAUCCUGCAACAUCUUUACCCGCCCUGCACCCGUGCAGCCACAUACAAGAACAUGUUAUCCUGUCGUCUAUAUCCUGACAUCCCGCAGUCGUUUCUCUAGAAUUUAAGACCAAGACUUCCAGACUAUUUAUUAUAUAAGUAGCUGUAAGAUUAGUUCAUAAGCAAACUUAAAAAAAAUGAACAAAAAACAAGAAAAAAUA